AUGGCCGUUCUGUAUGAGAUUGUGCGGCCGGUUCCAAUUCUUGUGAUCCUAAUCGGCUUGGCCACUUUGCCUCUCAUCGUCAAAAUUUUCCUACAAUAUUGGCGGCUUCGUCACAUCCCAGGUCCAUGGCAGGCAAAAUUAACCAAUUUCUGGCUAGCCAGGAGAGUCUGGAGAGGGGAAAACUUUCCUGAUAUUUCCAGGGACUUGGACAAGCGAUUCGGCCGAGUCGUGGCGUAUGGCCCAAACAGGAUCUUGUUCAAUGAGCCUACAGCUAUAGGUAUUAUAUUCAAUACCAGAAAUCCCUUUCCCAAGCCCGAUUCCUAUAAUGUACCAGUACAAGCCGUCAAUGGUAAAUUGAUCAGUACAUUUAUCACGGAACGUAGCGAAGCCCGAAUAUCUAUCAUCAAAAAACAAAUUAUUGGCGCAUUUAGCACCAAUGCAAUACUUGCCUAUGAGCACCAUAUUGAUCACAACAUCACACGCCUAAUGGACCGCUUUACGCUCUCCGAACAAGAUAAAGUCUUCAACAUUGCAACUUGGAAUAUCUUCUUUGCCAUGGACACAAUCUGCAAUAUCGCCUUCAGUGACAAUCAAGGCCUAGUGGAAAGACAAGCUGAUAUAGGCCGGACUCUCCAGGGGGGGAAGGAACGGUUGCUACAUUGGCACAACUGGCAGUCCCUACCGUGGCUCGAGGAACUCAUCUUCAAGAAUAGAUGGGCGACUAGAGGUAGCCAAAAGAGCUCUAAACUCGGCGAGCUCGCCACGGAGCGACUUCAGGAACGCAUGGAGAAGGGUGGAAGAGGGAACUUUUCGGAUUUGCUCGACCGCUACCUGCAAGCCCGAGAAAGAGACCCUGCCACAUUCACGAGAUCCACGAUUCUCGGUCUAGUCAUGUCAAUAAUUGCUGCCGGCGGAGACACCACUUCCUCAACCAUUAACGUGACCCUCUACUACCUUUUGGCAAACCCGCGGACAAUGGCCAAGCUCAAGGCUGAAAUCUCCCAAGCAAAUCUAUCUUUUCCACCAGCAUGGGUCAACGUUUCUAAGCUUCAUUAUCUUGAUGCAUGUAUCAAAGAAGCCGGCCGCUUACGUCCCCUCCUCUUGGACCCGCUGGAACGCGAAGUUCCUGUUGACUCCCAGAUUGCUGGUGUUUUCGUCCCGGCCGGAACCGUCGUGGCCGUAAAUACACACGCGUUGAACCUUGAACCCGAGAUCUGGGGCAGCAAGACCCACGAAUUCAGACCCGAACGAUGGCUCGACUGCGACGAACAGCAAUUGCAGAAAAUGGAGAGAUGUGAUCUAUUCUUCUCCGGUGGAAGGAGGAUUUGCAUCGGGCAGCAUAUCGCCUGGAUCGAGAUGAAGAAAUAUAUUACUGCAUUACUGUUAAGAUUUGAGAUCGAAGCUGUCGAACCUAACGCGCCGCUAAAUUGGUCCGGAAGCGUAAAUCUUUCCGUUGACGAGCUUAUGGUGAGAAUAAGAGCGCGGUAA